UGUUAUGAAAGCUGCCGAGUGAAUUGUUGGAUAACUGCUGUUUCCCUGGGUUUAUACAACACCAUGUGGAAAGCUGAGGGACUUCCGCCGGUCUAGUCUCUGCCAUAAUACAUUUAUACUAUUAAAUAAAGUAUUUUUUAUCUUAAAAAGACAGCAUGGCAAAGCGGAGAGGGGGUGCAGCAGAGACAGAGGCCGGUGCAAAGAAACUGAAGCAGGUUCUGAAGAAGGGCUGCGGAGCCAAAGCGAGAGGGAAGAAGAAAGAUGCAGGUAAUGGCAUCAAACAGGAAGAGGAUGAGAUCAAGACGAAGGUCCAACCCAAACCACGUUCCUCCACAAAACGAGGAGCAGAAAAAAAAAAUUCCAACACGUCUAAAACAACCACUGCUGUCAAAACCAGCAAAUACUUCCAGUCGCCGGUGAAAGAGGAGACUGACAGUGAAGAUGACUGUAACAUGGUGACCUCAGCAGCGCCUGCCAUUACGAUGAAAAUCAUGAAAACAGAGGAAGAGGAGGAGGGCAGUGAGGAAGACGAGGACGAUUGGGAGGAAGUGGAGGAGCUCUCCGGGCCACUGGGUCCACCUGGUCCGUCGGAGCCCGUCCUGCCCAUUCAGCCGGUUGAGAUAGAGAUUGAGAUUGAGACCUCAGAGGUCAGGAAAAAGAAAAAGAGGCAGGCGGAGUUUGAGACGUAUCUGAGGCGGAUGAUGAACAAAAUCAAGAAGGACGUGCUGGUAGAUACACACAAGGUCCACCUGAUGUGCCUGAUAGCGGGGGGGAUGUUCCGCAGCAGUCUGUGCAGUGAACCCGACCUGCUGGCCAUCACUCUGUCGCUGCUGCCCACACACUACAGCAUGGUCGCCAAGGAACGCAUCGACCAAAACUACCUCUCUGGACUGCUCAAAUGGUUUAGAGCAACAUUCACCCUCAACCCCAGUCUUUCCUGUGAGGAGCGUCCAGACCCCCGGGCUCUGCUGGAGAGACGUCUGGCCAGCCUGUCGGGCAGAGACCACCAGGAGAUGACUCAUAUGUUCCUGUUGGUCCUGAGGUCUCUGCAGCUCUUCUGCCGAUUGGUUAUUUCUUUGCAGCCGAUUCCUCUCAAAGCCCCAUCAACCAAGGGUAAAGGGGCUACAACAUCUCCAGGGGCCCCAGGAAAGGGAGACACAAGCCAGGAUACAUCCAAGAACUCCUCUCCUGAGUCAAAGGUCUCUCCUGGCACCAAGAGACCUGCAGGAGGGUGGAAUAUCAAGGGAGGCCGAGGAGGAAAGAAAGCAAAGACUAUAGCAAUUAAGGAAGAAGAUGAGAAGACUAUAACAUCAGGAGGGCAGAGGCCAAAGAACUCAAAACGCCGCAGCAUCGCCUCAAAAGUCACCUACAAGGAAGAAAGUAACAGCGACGAGGAAAAAAAGGAGGGUGGGCUCAGUGAUGAGGAUGAGUUUCAGGCGACCAGUGAGGAAGGCAGUGAGGAGUCAGAGGGAGGGUCUAAAUCCAAAAAGGGGACAAAGGGGAAAGGCAAGAGCCAAAGCACUGCAGCUCCAAAGAGAAGGAGUAGCGAAGGGGGGGGAAAGGAGGAGGGAAAUGAGCGAGAGGUAGAUGACAAAAAAGAAGAAGGAAUUACAAGCAUCAGGAAAAAGCAAAGAAGCGGGAACAAGGCAAAAGGGCCUGGAGCGGACGAGUGGUUGGAAGUGUUUCUGGAGAAAACGUCCUCCUGGGUUUGUGUACACGUGGAGCAGGGUGUCGGGUUGCCUCACCUCUGCUCACAGAACGCAACAACGCCGGUGACGUACGUGGUGGCGGUGGACGGGCACGGCUUUGUGAAGGACCUGGGGAGGAAGUACGACCCCACCUGGUUAACGACGUCCAGGAAGAGGAGGGUGGAUGAAGAUUGGUGGGACGAAACACUAGGGCCUUUCCUGGGACCCGAAGAUGAGAGGGACAAAAAGGAAGAAAAGGAGCUCCAGAGCAGGCUAAUGAACAAACCUCUGCCAGUCUCAAUAGCGGAGUAUAAGAACCACCCGCUGUACGCCCUAAAGAGACACCUGCUGAAAUACGAUGCCAUCUACCCUGCAACAGCUGCUGUCCUGGGAUACUGCAGGGGAGAGCCUGUCUACUCCAGGGAUUGUGUGCACUCCCUCCACUCCAAGGACACUUGGCUAAAAGAAGCACGGACUGUCAGACUAGGAGAGGAGCCAUUUAAAAUGGUGAAAGGCUUCUCUAAUCGUUCCCGUAAAGCCAGGAUGGCGUCCGGGCAGACAGAGGAGAAGGACUUGGCUGUGUUUGGAGAAUGGCAGACUGAAGAAUACCAGCCGCCUUUAGCUGUGGAUGGGAAGGUUCCCCGCAACGAGUACGGUAACGUCUACCUGUUUAAGCCCUGUAUGUUGCCGGUGGGCUGUGUUCACCUCAGGCUGCCCAACCUGAACCGCGUGGCGAGGAAGCUGGAAAUGGACGCCGCCCCCGCCGUCACGGGCUUCGAUUUUCAUGGAGGAUACUCACACGCUGUCACUGAUGGGUACAUUGUGUGUGAGGAGCUUGAGGAGAUUCUCAGAGCAGCCUGGGCGGAGGAACAGGAGAUUCAGAAACAGAAGGAGAAAGAGAAAAAAGAAAAGAGGGUGAUCUCCAACUGGACUCUGCUGUUGAAGGGGCUCCAGAUCAGAGAAAAACUCAAACAGCGCUACGGAAAGUUAAACCAAGGUCUUCUUCAAGGGGAGGAGGCCGCCGGGCUUUCUUCAGAUGAGGAGGGGGAUGAGGGGGGAAGUCCUUCAGAUAAGACGGCAUCUGAGACUCUGGCCAUGUCCUGGCCUCAGAACAAACUGGCUGAGGAGGACGGGGGGAGCAUCAGCGGACUGAAGAGGACAGCGAAGACAAAACGAGAAAAGAAAGGACAAGAGAAACACAUGUUCCCAUUUGAAAAAGUGUGAUGUCGGAGGUAAAAAAAAAACUACACUUGAGUUUAGUAAAUCAAGUUCGAUUACAUUUCUCUCAGGAAAGGCUGCUUGUAGGGUUUACUCUGGUAGAUGUUCUUCCAUCGAUGAUAAUGCGGUCAUUAAUCCCCAUUCUGUGUUUACCAUCAAUGUGCAUACUUCCAGUUGAACUCAUGUACUGUAUUUUAGAUUUUUAUACGAGAGCUUAGUAUACAUACUGUCCAUGCCAAGUUCCCAGGGGGGUAACAGGCAAGGUGAAUAUAAAAUCCAACAAGUUGACACGUGUUCUCUGUGCAGAAAGGUGCUCUGAGGUUGCAUUGGAAAACACUCACUCAACAUGAAUGUGGGAACAGGGAAUUGUCCUUACAACGUGAUACUCACAGCACUCUUGUGAGAAUGAAAUGGGUGUUUUCCAAAACUCGAUCAGUACAAUGCUGCUGUUGAACCUGGUAGGCACUGUUUUUCUCCUCAGUUUAGCGCAUUAUACAAUAUAUGCCGAAUAGAAUUGAUUGCUUGUGUUGCAAGUUAACACAAAACCGCAUCUAAAAACAACACUACAAUCCCUACAGGUGAAUAAACAUUUCCAUUCAGCAUCUGGUGCCUCAGCUACCUUACACCGUUUCAUUGCUCACUGGACUGUGAAUAAGCUGAUACAAUGAAAACAGAAACUUGUACCAUUGUUGUACAUUUACAAUUUGGUAUCAUCAGUUGCAUGAACAGCCAUGUUUUGGUUGCAUUGCUUCUGUACACACAUGAACCAAGUAACAUUUAUCUUGAGAUGUAUCCAUGAACAUUGUAAAAACCGCAGUUAAGAAGUUGUUAAAUUAUUUCUUAGCUCA